AUGGAUGAACCACCAGAGGUUCAGACAGAUUGUAAUUCCCUGCUGAGAGCCGUCUACCUGAGUCGAUUGCGUCUCACCCGGCUGCUCCUGGAGGGCGGGGCUUACAUCAACGAGAGUAACGAACAUGGAGAAACUCCCCUGAUGAUCGCCUGCAAGACCCGACACACAGACCCGCAGAGUGUUCCGAAGAUCAAGAUGGUUCGGUAUCUCCUGGAGAGCGGUGCUGAUCCAAACAUUCAGGACAAGACGGGGAAAACGGCUCUGAUCCAUGCAUGUCUGGAGCAAAGCGGGUCAGAAGUUCUGUUGCUGCUGCUGAGCAGUGGAGCUGAUCCGACUCUGGAGGACCACGCUGGCUUGUCAGCGUUGGUUUACGCGGUCGGUUCGGGAAACCAGGAAGUCCUUAACGUGCUUCUAGAUGCCUGUAAGGUGAGAGGGAAAGAGGUCAUCAUCAUUCCUUCCAACAAGAUGCCUCCUGGACAACAGAAGACAAAGCAGUACUUCAACGUUCCUCCACCUCCUGAUCUGGAGGAACAUCUCCAUCACACCCCAGCAUCCUGCUGCAUGUCGCCACUUGAGGCCCAGAUGCAGCACUCCUUAGGAACCAGAUCUUUUCAUUUUGGGGAGUCUACUGAGGUCACAUCUCAGCCAGGUUCUCCCACCCAACGUCUGAGUCCUUCACGUGGUUCUGGUGUGGAUAAGCAGCUUUAUCUCCACAGGAUGCCAUCAGAACUCGGGUCCAAGAGUCUGACCCAACUGCACCAUCAGAAGCAGGUUGCCUCCUCUCCUGAGGAGGAGCUAUCUCUCAGAAGUCCUGCUCCAUGUGGAAGACCACCAGCUGUCUCCCGUCACCACAGCAUAGAUGUCCAAGACACUGCAGGGCUCCAGAAAGCUCUGGAGAAUAUGUCUGUAGCCGAGAACAGAAGAGGAAGGAGAGCGUUCGGUAGGAAGAUGUCGUGUGACGGCGCUGCCACUUCUUUACAUUCGACUUCACACCCCAGCCUGCACAGAGACAGCCUCCCGGUCCCGAACGGGUCCAGUUCUGUGGAUGAGGAUCAUCUCAAACAGCUGAACAUCGAGGAACGUCACCACUACAGCUCCGACUUUCCAGAGAGGCAGAAACUGGUCCACAGCAGACCCUCCAUCCUGUUUGGAUCCAGGGAGUCCUUGGACAGGUCCGUCCAGCAACGAGGUCCAGCAGGACUGGAGCGAAGAGGUUCAGGAGCUUUUCUUCUGGAUCAUAUCGCCCACACUCGGCCCGGAUACCUCCCACCUCUCAAUCCCCACGCUCCCAUCCCAGAUAUUGGCUUCAGUUCUGGCUUUUCCUACCCACUCAGUGGCAGUAAAAAAACACUAAGUGGUCUUCUAACUAGCUCCAAACCGGCUCUCCACCAGGACCUGAAAGCUAAGAGGAUUCUGUGGAGACGCCACUCCAUGCAGAGUGAGCAGAUCCAAAAGCUUUGCCACUUCCAGGAAACGUCUGGACUCACGGAAUAA